UGAUCAGACCCAGCCAAUGGUGGUGCCUGUUCCCCAUCAAGAAGAGCCGAAGAGUAACUGUAGGCAAGAGAAGAGAAAAAAAAACACUGUGGAGGAAAAGAGUUUCUACACCUAACCAAACAGAGGGAUCUCUUGGGGGAGCCAGACCAGGAGACAGACACAGACAGACAGACAUACAGGCAGGCACAAGAGAAUAGCUGGUCCUGCUGUGAACCAAGUUUGUUGAGAAAAUAAGGCUGAAGAUCUCCUUUUCCCCUCUCUUCUCAUUCCUUGCUUCCAUACAGGCAGAAGAAGGCGCAGCAUUACCAAACUCCUGGCCCUGCCGCCGCUGCUGUGAAUUAGCUUUCCUGAUAAAAUAAGGCCUACUCAGACAAGACAGACAGGCGAGGAAGAGACAUUACCAAUCGAUCCUGCUCCUGUUGGAUGUGAAUGUGAAGCUUGCUGAGGAAAUAAGGCCAAGGAUCCUUUUUUUCCUCCCAACUUUUUCCUCGUUCCUGUCUUCUACUCCCCGCCGGUGUCAGGUCUGACUGAGACCAACGCAUCUCCAAGAAUGUGCUGAGGUCAGUGAAGGCCACUGCUGACUCCAUCAAGGCAAGGUGCAUGAGCCCAGGGUGUGUUCGUCCAGUCAGAGGUGCUCAAGUGACUGUCUGUGGGAGAGGAUUCCAGUGUUAUUGACCCGUGGGACUCUAGCCAGUUUGGGGUGAGGGUGUGAGCACUAGCCCAUCAGCAGUGGUUGAUUGACCCCCUCCCCAAGAAGAGAAGAGUCGUUCGGAGAGGAGAGGAGAGGAGAGCAGCACUACACCACUCCGCACAUCCAGGUGGAGUAGCAGCAAUUGGCUGCCAUCAUGAGCGCCGAAGACGCGCAGCAACUACAGCCACAGCACCACCCCAUGGUGGUGACCAAGCCCCCCACCCCGACCCUGACCCCCAGCCCCUCCCCGCCCCCGUUCGGGGAGAGCAGGUCCGGCUCGGCCACCCCGACCAAGGAGCGCUACUUUGACCGCGUGGACCAGAACGACCCAGAGUACCUGCGCGCCCGGAACAUGUCCCCGGACCUGCGGCAGGACUUCAACAUGAUGGAGCAGAAGAAGAGAGUCACGCAGAUACUGCAGAGCCCCGCCUUUAAGGAUGAGCUGGAGGGUUUGAUCCAGGAGCAGACGAAUAAGGGCAACAACCCUGCGGGGCUGCUGGCCCUGCGCCAGAUAGCCGACUUCUUCAUGGCCAGCUCCGUGGCCGGCUUCUCCACAUCCCCACUCAGUCUGGCGAUGGUGACCCCGAUCAACGACAUGUUUGGCGCGGAGACGGGCUCGCUGGCCAAGGGGGAGAAGCAGACGCGCUGCAAGCUGGCCAGCCUCUACCGUCUGGUGGACCUCUUCAGCUGGGCACACUUCCCCACCUCCUUCAUCACGGUGCGAGUGAGCAAAGAGCAGGAUCACAUCCUUAUCAUCCCCAGAGGGCUGUCCUUCGCAGAGGCCUCCGCGUCCAACCUGGUGAAGGUGAACAUCAUCGGUGACGUCGUGGACCAGGGCUCCACCACCCUGAGUAUCGACCGCGCCGGCUUCAGCCCCCACGCCGCCAUCUACUCCAUGAGGCCCGACGUGCGCUGCUGCAUCCACAUCCACACACCAGCCACCGCCGCCGUGUCGUCCAUGAAGUGCGGUCUGCUGCCCAUCUCGCAGGAGGCUCUGAUCCUGGGGGACAUCGCCUACUACCACUACCAGGGUUGCCUGGACGACCAGGAGGAGCGCGUCGAGCUGCAGAAGGCCCUCGGACCCACCGCCAAGGUGCUGGUCCUGAGGAACCAUGGCAUCGUGGCCCUGGGGGAGACGAUCGAGGAGGCCUUCCACUACAUCUACACAGCCCAGUUCGCAUGCGAAAUACAGGUGAACGCGAUCUCGUGCGCGGGCAGUGUGGACAACCUGAUUGUGCUGGACCUGGAAAAGUACAAGGCGCGUACGCAGGGCGUGGCCGAGGCCGGCGUCAACAUGGGCAGCCAGCAGAAGUGGAAACUGGGAGAGCUGGAGUUCGAGUCACUCAUGCGCAUGCUCGACAACCUGGGCUACCGCACGGGCUACGCGUACCGGCACCCCAUCGUGCGGGAGAAGCCGCGCUUCAAGAGCGAGGUGGAGAUCCCGGCCACGGUGACGGCCUGGUCCUUCGAGGAGGACGAGGCCCUGGCCGCCCGCCUGCCCCUCAAGCUGCUGCAGCAGAGGCAGGCCAGGGAGAAGACACGCUGGCUCAACUCCCCCAACUCCUACAUGAAGGUCUCCGAGAGCAACGGCUCAGACAGCCACCCACGAUACAAGUGGAUGAGAUCGGAGGACAACAGUAGCAGCAGUGGCACCCCCAUCAGGAUCGAGGACCCCAACCAGUUCGUGCCCCUCAACACCAACCCCACCGAGGUGCUGGAGAAGAGGAACAAAAUACGGGAACAGAACAGAUACGACAUGACAACAGCAGGUCCACAGUCCUACAAACUGGCGGGCAUUGUGAUCGAGAGGCCACCGCCCUAUACGGGUGAGGAUGAGGAGCAGACCGGCCCCCUGCCCCCCAACCCCUUCAGCCAGAUCUCAGACGAGAUGGACGGCAAACGGCACACAGCAGAUGCUGAGCAGCUAACCUCCGACGACGUCUCCACUCUGUCCCAGUCCUAUUCUCAGCCCCAGUCUCCCCCAGCCAGCCCGGCUAAAGAAGAGAACCACACGGGCGUGCUGGUGAACGGCAAGGGCGGUCACCACGACGACCAGAACGAGGAGGAGCUGAGCAAGCGCAUGAGCCAGCUGACCACCAGCGCCGAGAGCCUGAAGCCUCCGGCCGUGGGCGAGAAGAUCGAGGAGGCCCUCUCGCCCGACAGCUCCCCCUCCAAGUCGCCCAACAAGAAGAAGAAGAAGUUCCGCACGCCCUCCUUCCUCAAGAAGAACAAGAAGAAGGAGAAGGUGGAGGCCUGAGGUGGUGUAGGAGAGAAGAAUAAAGGGAUAGGGGGAUAAUUAUGAUGAUGAUGAUGAUUAUGAGAUAAGAGAGAGAGAGAGGAAGAGUGUAGGUGUGAGAUUCGGAGGAAGUUGAAUCAAAGGGGCAAGGUUUUUUUGUCGUGUUUCAGAUGAAAUCCUCGUCACACCUUUCUUUUUUCCUAGGUUUUUUUGUUUUGUUUAUUUUUUUUUUCUGUGAGAGAUUAUGAGUGCAGUGGAGGUGUGUGGAGAUUGUUUGUUUAUGAGAAUGAGGAGAAGUCAUGUGGGCUUACUCAGACUCGGGCGUGUGAAAUGAGGGUCUGAUGACCUGUGGCAGCCAAGCGAAGCAGAGGUUUUUGUUUUUCGUUUUGUUUCAUGUGCUCUUCCCGUCUUUCUGUACGCCAAGAACUUUCCACCACUCUCUCCUCAUGGUCCAUUUAGUCACAGAAUUUUAAAAAAAAUCCUUCUUAAAACAACAGACACACACGUAUACGGGGCCUGUAGCCUACAAAACCCAUCAUUGUUGUGUUCUUGCUUUUCUAGCCAAUCAAGACCUGUUCUUGUUUUUCGGUGCGAUUCAAAUCACAUUUUGUGUUAUGAAUUUUAUGAGUCAUUUACGCAAGAAAAGAAAUGAAUCCCUUGGGGGGCCAGUGUGCUUAAUGAAGAAAAAAAUCCAUGUUUGAUUUUAAUUACUUGAGUUUUAAAGAGAGAGAUGACUGAACACGAUUUGUUUGUUUUCUCAGUAAGGAAUCGUGAGGAUGAGCUUGAGGAUGAGUUUCAUAGGCAGGUUGAGUGUUCCACGGGGGAGGAGUCCUCAAAACUCGACUCAUUUGUAAGUUGAGUAAAAAAGAAGCUUGUAAACUGGUGUUUCCUGCCAGAGGAACUGCCGUGUUGCCAUAGGCCCAUGGGCCGUUCCUCGUUUUCUUCUGAAGUCUCACUUCACACGACUGCACCUGCCGACAUCCUGCCCCAACCCAACCAACUCCACCUUGCAUAAUGAUGGCCCUUGCAUUGUUUUGUUAUUUUUUAUGGGCCACGGAGGCUAAGCUAAGCUAUAAACAAAGCAUCACCCACCUCCAACACAGAGAUUGAUUAUUUUAGUCUUUAUGAUGAACUUUUCACUCGUCUACCAACCCCCCCUGUGUGUCUGGACUCUUCGUCUUUGCUGGGGACGGAAGAGAAUGAGGGAAAACACCACGCAAUUAAGACAAAAAAGUCACUGGAAUCAGUUUUAGUUCUUUUUGGAGAACAUUUUCAAACAGGGUUUUAUGAAUUAUUGUCUUUUUCUCUCAUUUUAUUCCCCAUACUUUGCUACCUGUCAUUUCAUUUUUAUUUUUAUUUUUUUGUCUUGCGCAGUCCAGACAAAGGAUGUGGUUUUGUUGUACCUUUGAAAAAGGUCAUCAAUUAAUCUUUACGUUAGUGGCAAAACAAAUGGGAUUGCUUUUCUUUGCUGGGACAGCCUGAGAUACAAAUCUGUGCCGCCUUUCUUCCUGAUCACUGUCGUCGCCCCCAUUUUUUUCAUUUUGCCAAACUGAAUGGGAAAAAAAGAUGAAACGAUCACGUUUUAGUGAAACGAAAAUCUCAUCCGUUUUACAUCAUGCAUUGGAUUUUUUUUUUUUUUCCAUCUCUCCAGACGUUUAACAUUCAUCUCUGAUUUUAGUUAGUGUGGUUUCAUGGUAGAUAAAUUGUUUAUUUUAUACUCCGUUUCUAUGCUUUUACUGAAAAAAAAAGUUUAAAAUGGUCAACAUAUUAUUUUUCGUGUGAAUUUCUUUUACUUAAAUUUCUAUGGCCAUAGUGAUGCCAGAUUUCUCAAAUAUUGUAGCUCAAGACAUCUUUGAAGAAAAAAAAAAACAACUGCAUCUAGUGGAUAUACGAUAACUGGAUUUAUUGAAUUAAUUUUUAAUUCUGUGUUUGUACUCAAUUUUGUUUUGUUUUGUUUGUUGUUUUGUUUUGUUGCACUUUUUAUAAUGGUGUAUAACACAAACCUGUACACAAUUAGUCUGUUUUCACCAAUGAAGGAGAUAUGACGAGGAAAAACGAGAAAGUGUUUGGUGGAGAGGGGGGCGAGAUGACGCUAGAGAAGAAAGAUUGGAAAAGCUUGAGGAGUAUGGGGGAGAAAAAGACAUUUCAAAGAGUGGCUAUGGAAAAGGGAGUAGUACAAAAAAAAAAUAACGAGUGUGUUUCUUUUGUGUGUGUGUUAAGCAUCCUGUUAUAAACAUAUAUAUAUGCGUUAACAUUACAACCAUGUAUAAUAACAACAAAAAUCACACAUGAAAUCUCAAUCCCAGAUAUUUUUUUAAAAAGUGCAUUAUAAAAAAGCAAGCCGUUCAAUCACUCUUCACAAUCACUAUGAAAAACAGCGACCGGACAGCAGCAGUGUGAAUCAGAGUUGGGCGUGUUUAAUGGUGUUUAAUGUCAGUGAGCCAUAACGUUUUAAAAAAAGACUUGUGAAAGAUAUAUAAUUGCAAGACAAGGGUUGAGCUACAGUCUUCCUGCUUGUUUUUUUACAGACAGAAAGAAAGAAAGAGGGGGAGGAUGGGAGAGAUGCAGAGAAGAUUGACAAGAGGGAGGGAGUUAUGGGUCCUUAGACCACUAUUGAACUCGUAUGAGGAGUCCAAUCAUGUCCGAUCAUGUGAUGUGGGGAAGGCCACAUGUUUAGUCACCCGUGAGUGAAACAGGGAUGGCACCCCCACAGUCACUGUAAGCCACUACGCCACAGACUACUCUCUCCGCUGCCUUGCUUUGCUUACUCACCCAGGGUUGGGUUUUUUUUUUUCGUUGACAUCGUUUUUGUCGACGUUGCUGCCUUUGUCAUUUCAACAAUCUUGUGUUUUUUUCUAUAUCCCUCCACCUACCCACCCCCAGUAAAUCCACAUCCAAGGACUGUUUUUGUGGCUGGUGGUGUUAAGGGGUAAAAAAAAAAAAAAGGGGGGGGGGGGGGCUCCGAUCUUGGGGCAGGGCGGGGCGGGUUUGGGGUGUGGUGGGGGGUGCGAGCGUGAAGUUUUAUGGCACUGGCAGUUUGGACCGAGAUGUGGCUACACCUCUUUCUUGAUUUAACAUGUAGGUCCCUCGCCUCCUUCAAUCUGAGUUUGAUCAGAUUUUCAUUUUGUAUAUUUUUAUUUUAUUUUUUUAAUGUUUUUUUGCGACAAGAUUAUCUGAAAGUUAAUCCAAAAUCUUGUCCACGAUGAUGACAGAGACCCUUUGAGAUGAAACUGUGUAACGUGUGAGAGACCAGUGCAAAAAAGGAAAGGUUGUCUGUCACACAUGAAAAUAACUCCCAAGUCACUGUGGUCAAGGGGUUGAUUCAUAUAGAGAGGGCUGGGGGGUUUAAAGUGGGCAAAGAGGACAAACCAGCCAACGGACAGACAGAGACAUCCCAGCCAGCAAUGUGAAAGUACUGGAUCUGGACUCAAGGGUGGAUGGGCUGGGUGGGUGGUAAUAUAGCAAGGGGGAGUAAGGUAAGCAGAGGUGUCGAAUGGGUGAUGCUUGGAAUGGGGGUCGUUGCACAGCAUAAUUUGCCGUGUUAGUUUCGACACUUGGAUUGGAUUUGAGACUCCUAGUGUCGGUCGCUACUCUUGGGCGCAUUUCUCGAAAGCGUAGUUGUUGGCAGUUAGCAACUUGGGUAGUUGCCAAUGGGUAAUUGCAUUACAACCAACAAAGUAGCUAACAUAGUUAGCAACUACACUUUCGAGAAAUGCACCCCUGAUAAAGUGUUUAAGUAGCACUGCAAACUUGACUGUGUUUGGGGGUUGGGGUGGGUAGGUGUGCGCUGUGGGUAAGGCACAUGUUGUUAAGCUGUGUAAAUAAAGCAUGUGGCUUCUUCAGAGCGGCUCCCCUAGGCUGGAACUCAUAACAUGUCGAAAACGCCAAAGUCAGGGCCAAGCAAGAACGGAGGCGUACUUACUUUGUGGAAAGUUUAUGGGUUUUGGAGAAGGGGGUCUGGACUGGGUGUUGCUGUGUAUGGGGAUAGGGUGGGGGUGGGGGGUGGGGGUGCAUUUGGAUUGAGGAGCGCGCCUAUUUUUUCAUGGGGAUUAGGGUGGGUUGGGAUAGAGAAAAGCCGUUCCUCAUAUUAACAUCAUGUUUUAAAUCAAUCCAGUCGUACUACUUUUUUUCCUUCUCUUUUUACCCUCCUCCUUCUCCUCCUCUUUCAUACCAUCUUUUUUUCCCUUCUUUUACAAGUUAUUUUAUGAUUUCAGUUCUCCGUUUGUACUGCAGUAUGUUUAAAAAUAGUUUACAGAGCACGAACGCUUUUUACUCACCAGUUACGAGCACAAUAUUAUGGCAGAUGAAUGAAUGUGCAUUGCAUUCUCUUUUCUUUUUUUCUCCUCCAGCUUUUUUUUUCUCCUAUCUUUUUAUUUCUGACCGUUUGCACCUUGUUUUACUAAUGCCUCUAUUUUUUCCAUCACUUUUGUUUCUGUUUUAAAGGAGAAAAAAAAUAAAUGACAAAAAAGCUUUGGCAUGCUACUUUGGAAGCCGAGCUUAUCUGUGAUAUGUGAAAUCUUAUAUAAAUGGUCUAUCUAAUGGAGUUUGCUUUUAGAUGUAUUGCUAAUCAGUGUACAUUCACAAAAAAAUAAACGAAAAACUAUUUUAAGACAAA